AUGGAUCCCGCCGUCAAGUCGGCAUUCGAGGAGCUCAUCCGCCGAUUCGAUUCCUUCGACGCCAAGUGGGAAGCCCGAUUCGCGGAUGCGGAGUCCGCGCGACGGGAUCAUGACGACGAGACGGAGCGGCGUCUGGCGGCGGUGGAAGCCUUCACCAGCUCCGUUCCAGGGCCGGCCGCCCGGCAUUCCGCCCUCGAGGAUUACUGCUCGGCGAAUUCGGAGGCGGCUGUUGCUGCCGAAGAAUGGAACCGGGGCUUCUCCAACCGCGUCGGAGAGCUCGAGGAGAAGAUGGAUGACCUGGAGCUGAUCCGGUUCUCUGAGAUGCGGGACGAACGCGACGACCGCGUGGCGGCUCUGGAGGACGCGGCCGUGGUGUUCGACGAAUGGCGCCCGUGGGUGGAGGCCUCCGUCCACGACAUCUGCCUGGAGAUCAAGCGCCUAAAGGGGGUGGAACGGUCUCCUGCGACGCGCACGAGCAGCGGUCGCCUCGGCGUCGCCCCCUUCACCGAGUCGGCCUCCGCGCGCCCACCUGCCGGAGAGAAGGCCGACUGGCCCAACGGGCACCGCGAGCAGGGCUAUGGGUCGGUGACGACCCUCGCCCACCCUGCAGUUCACGACACACUAGCCUAUACAACUCGGUUCAUCGAUGGUUUACGCGAGGACAUUCGUGCUGUUAUUCUUGUUGCUCGUCCUGCUUCUCUCGAUGCUGCGUAUACUUUGGCGUCUUUGCAGGAAGAAGCUGGUGGUCCUGUGCGGACGAGGGACCGCAGAACGGAUUUCUCCAAGUUCAGUGCUGGCCGCGGCGGUCUGGGGUCCCCAAUGCCCCAGGGUCGUAUGGCGGAUGAUAAGCCGUCGGGUUCAAAAUUCUCUUCUCCCGAGGACAAGCUUUCCUCUCUCAAGAACUUCCAUCGCGCCCGUGGCUUGUGCAUACGUUGCGGCGAAAAAUGGGCUCCCGGACACAAAUGUUCUUCCCAGCCACAACUUCACGCUCUCCAGGAGGUCUGGGAAUUGUUCCAGGAUUCUUUCCAAGAUGAGGAGGAGGAUCCUCAUUCUGAUGAUCAGGAACCUGCAGUUGACGCACCUUCACAUCUGUUCUUCACUUGCUCAGCGGCGGCAGUUCAGGGCCAGUCCUCACUUCAUACAAUGCAAUUCAGUGGCAAGCUAUUGGGUCAUCAGGUUUCUAUUCUGGUUGAUUCUGGAAGUUCUCACUCCUUCAUCAGCACAGCCACUGCUUCUCUGCUGUCAGGACACCAACCUCUGCCUCACCCAGUGUCGGUCAAAGUUGCUAAUGGGGACACUAUCUUAUGCGAGACCGUAAUUCCAGAUGUUGAAUGGUCAGUCCAGAGCUACACCUUUCACUCCACUUUCCGUGUCCUUCCCUUGGGAUCCUAUGAUAUCAUCUUGGGUAUGGAUUGGCUUGAAGCCUUCUCGCCGAUGAAAGUUAACUGGCGCAACAAGUGGAUGUCAAUCUCUUAUGGUUCUGGUUCUGUGCUGCUUCACGGUCUAGGCGAUGUUUCAGAGAAUUGUUCGUCGGUUAUGGUGUUCAGUAUUUCAUCUGAUGCCGUUGAUCAACCCACACACACAGUCCAUCCCCAAGUUCAGUCUAUCCUGGAUGAGUUCAGUCAGCUCUUCGCAGAACCUUCAACAUUGCCACCGCGUCGUGACUGUGACCACUCCAUUCCUUUGGUUCCUGGAGCCCAACCAGUCUGCAUCAGGCAGUAUCGAUACUCGCCAAAGCUCAAGUCUGAAAUUGAGUCACAAGUGUCUGAGCUUCUUCGCACUGGUAUGAUUCGGCCCAGUCGCAGUCCCUUCUCCUCUCCCGUCCUUCUGGUCAAAAAGAAAGAUCAGUCGUGGCGUAUGUGUGUUGAUUACCGAAUGUUGAAUGCACUCACUGUUAAGAGCAAGUUUCCAAUCCCGGUCAUUGAUGAACUGCUGGAUGAGCUAGCUCAGGCUCGUUGGUUUUCCUGUCUGGACUUACGCGCUGGCUUUAAUCAGAUCCGAAUGGCACCUGGCGAGGAGUACAAAACUGCCUUUCAAACCCACCGGGGCCACUUCGAGUACAAUGUGAUGUCCUUCGGCCUUACUGGUGCCCCUAAUACAUUCCAGGGCGCCAUGAAUGUUACCCUUAAGCCUCUGCUUCGCGUUUGUGUCAUAGUGUUCUUUGAUGACAUCCUAGUAUAUAGUCCAUCUUGGGAACAACAUUUGGUGCAUCUGCGGCAAGUGUUUGAAUUACUCCAACAAGAUCAGUGGCUGGUUAAGUUGAGCAAAUGCCGGUUUGCACAAGAAUCUAUUGCCUAUUUAGGCCAUGUGAUCAGUGCCGACGGAGUGAGCACCGAUCCCUCUAAGCUGGAGUCCAUUCGUUCCUGGCCUGUACCCAAGGAUGUCAAAGAUUUACGCAGUUUCCUCGGCCUCGCUGGUUAUUACAGAAAGUUUGUCCAGCAUUUCGCAGUUAUUGCUCGCCCACUGUAUGAUUUGCUCAAGAAAGGUGUUGUUUUCUGCUGGACCAGCACUCACUCCACUGCAUUUUCGGCUCUGCAGUCCGCUCUUAUGUCCGCUCCUGUAUUGGCUCUUCCGGACUUCAACAAGCCCUUUCAAAUCCAGACCGAUGCUAGCGAUACCGGUGUAGGAGCAGUGCUGAUGCAAGAUGGGCAUCCCUUGGCAUUUGUCAGCAAAUCUCUGGGACCGCGCACUCGGGGCUUAUCUACCUAUGAUAAAGAGUACCUGGCCAUAUUAGUUGCAGUUGAUCAGUGGCGCUCUUACUUGCAACACAAUGAGUUCACCAUAUUUACAGACCAGCGCAGCCUCAUACAUGUGUCCGAUCAGCGCCUUCACACUCCUUGGCAACUUAAGAUGUAUACCCGACUAGCCGGUCUGCAGUAUAGGGUCAUUUAUAAACCUGGUACCACCAACAAGGCUGCAGAUGCUCUUUCCCGCCAUCCUGAGGCGCCUUCUCAGCUGCAGGCUAUAUCCUCAGUGACGCCUACAUGGUUAGCUGAUGUGGUGACUGGUUAUUCCUCCGAUCCCUACGCUUCUAAACUGUUGCAACAACUGUCUGUGAAUCCUGACAGCUCGCCCCCUUACAGUCUCACUGGUGGGAUCAUUCGAUAUAAAGGGCGCAUUUGGUUGGGCAGCAAUGUUCCUCUCCACCACAGGGUCAUGUCCGCUCUCCACAACAGCGCUCUGGGAGGGCACUCUGGUUUCCCAGUGACCUAUGCCCGGAUCAAACAACACUUUGCAUGGCGGGGCAUGAAGGCAGAUAUCCGCAACUUUGUCACUACAUGUUCAGUAAUCAGCAUGGACUUUAUUGAUGGUCUGCCCACCUCUGGCACUGCCAAUUGUAUCUUGGUGAUUGUCGAUAAGUUCAGCAAAUAUGCGCAUUUUGUUCCUUUACAUCACCCAUACACUGCUGGCAAGGUGGCUCAGGCUUUUCUAGACUCUGUGUUCAAGCUGCACGGACUGCCCACACACAUCAUCUCCGACAGAGACCCGGUUUUCACCAGUGCCUUCUGGAACGAAUUGUUCAGGCUGGCUAAGACAUGGAAGACGCUCUGCAAGUCCCUGAGAAGGUCCUGCAGCGUCGUCUUCACCCUCGCGGCAACGGUACUGUGCAACAGGUGCUCAUCAAAUGGUCAAGUUUCGAUGAGUCCCUGGCUACCUGGGAAGACGAGGAAGCGCUCAAGCAACGCUUCCCAUGCGCGCCGGCUUGGGGACAAGCCUGUUCCCAGGUAG